AUGGCGUCACUCGAGGAGGAUGAGGACCGCGAUCUGGCAGGUUCUCAAGAUGGAAGCUCCGACAAUGAGAUUGACGACACAAUGCGCGACGUUGACGAUAAUGACGGGGACAACAACGACGACAAUGACAACGACAACGACAACGACAAUGAACAGGAUGCCGAUGCGGACGCCGAUCAAGACCAGGACCAGGACCAGGACCAGGAUCCGGACAGCCCCUCGAACGCAAGUCAAACCUCAGAAGGCGCCGGAGUAUCCUCGCAACAGAACCCUGAUACAACGAAUAUGACAUCGCCAGGGAACGGAGACACUUCGAUGCUGGAAUCCUUUUCUAUUCACCAUCCUAGCGUCCGCCCCGAAUGCUUGACGGCCAGGACCUAUGAUAUCGCUCCCACCACCGCUGCUCCUCACAGCACAUCAAUAAAUGCGAUCACGGCGACGGCAGAUAUGCGUUGGGUGUUUACAGGUGGAUCGGAUGGCUUUGUUCGCAAAUUCAACUGGGCCGAAUCUAUCAACAGCAAGCUCAUGUUGACAGUGGCGCAACGGCAUCCAUUUGUCGAUAGUGUUGUUAAGGCGGGUGUCCUUAUGACAUACUGGGAGAACAUGGAUGGUAAUAGUUUAUCGCCGGUCUAUUCUCUAGCCGCACAGAGCGAGGGCCUCUGGCUACUUUCCGGCCUAGAAUCCGGUGCGAUUCGGUUGCAGACAUUGCGGCACGACGAGGGAAAAGAAGUCAUCCAAUUGCGACAGCAUACAUCGGCAGUCUCCUCGUUAAAUUUGACGUCCGAUGAACAAUCUUUGCUUUCUGGUAGCUGGGACAAACGUGUUUUUGAUUGGGAUCUCAAUACCGGCCAGGCACGACGUGCAUUCGGCGGAAGUGCAGGCCAGAUCUCUACGGUACAAAUUCGGCCAGAUUCCAGCUUGCCAAUUCCAGCAGAUACUAUCGACCCGUCGCUACCUAACGGUACAUACUCAUCGAAUUACCAGGCUAGUGGCCUAGACAAAUUCAAUGCCAUGGACACCGCCCAAGAUACUGGAUCCCAGGGGGCCGAGAACCCGCAGGCGGGCUCACCAACUGACUCGCUAUUCGGUGGUGCGGAUUCUCUAUUUGGAGAUGCAGAUGGCGGAGCAGCAGACGGAGGAGAACCAUCUGGGGGUGUAUUCGGGGUAGACGAAGAUGAUGAAUUUGGUCGUGCGAUGGCUAACGGCGUCCUUGCUGAUGCCGAUGCCCCCGGUGAAAUCGAUGCUGAAAUGCCCGAGCCUGAACCCGAGCCCGUACCCCAGGCGGAAUCUGUUCCCGCGAAUGCAGCAGACACGACCGCGAAUGAUUCUGAAAGCAAACCCGAGGUACCCAAAACAGAGAUCACCGCAGAGCCGGCAAUGCCAGCUGUGAAUGGGCUGCCCAAAGCCGAAGAAAUGAAAAUUUCCAUGGACCAGAUUUUCCCUCAACCCAUGCAAUCUGAGCAGACAAUAGGAGCAGACACAACUUUUCUUGCGGCAUCAAUUGAUGGCACCAUCCGGAUAUGGGAUCGACGACAACCCGAUCCUGUUGCUCGAAUCAGCCCCCGUAACGUCCCCCCUUGGUGCAUGAAUGCAUGCUGGUCUCCUGAUGGAAACUACAUAUAUGCCGGGCGGCGCAAUGGCACUGUUGAGGAAUUUAGUUUGCACAAGGGCCUUCGAGAGGCUGAACGCACGUUUAAGUUUCCGCAAGGCAGUGGUCCAGUGACUGCUCUCAAGGCUAUGCCAAAUGGCCGCCAUCUUGUCUGUGCUUCUCAUGAUAUCCUCCGGCUCUAUGAUCUGCAGCAUGAGCAAUCUUCCCGGCAUUCCACCGUGCCAUUCCUCAUCAUUCCCGGCCAUCGAACUGGCACCAUCUCCCAGCUGUUUGUUGAUAAUGCAUGUCGUUUUAUGAUCUCUACCAGUGGAAACCGUGGCUGGGAGGGCAAUACCACAGAGGUACUCCUGGGAUACGAGAUUGGAGUACCCCAGUAG